GAGAUCUAUAAAACCCAGGCCCAACCAACCGAGCGGAUUCAGUCGUUUUGGGUGAACGUCAGGUGCAGGAACUGGACUCUGGACUGGAUCACCAGGAAACCAACUUCGACCACCAUCCAGUGGGAUUGCAUAACAACUGAGCAAAGCAAAGUGAAAGCCGAAGGAAAGGAAAAUAAAACAUGUUUUAUGCUGUCAUCUGGAUUUUCUGCGCCACUCUUUUCGCAAUCCUGUUUGGGGGAGUGCGAAAGCCCAAGAGAUUUCCGCCAGGACCUCGUUGGUAUCCCAUAGUGGGCAGUGCCCUGCAUGUUUCCCAACUGAGAUGCCGCCUGGGAAUGUUCUGCAAGGUGAUCGAUGUUUUUGCCAAGCAAUAUGUGAAUCCUUAUGGCUUCUUUGGCCUCAAGAUUGGCAAGGACAAGGUGGUGAUAGCCUAUACGAACGAUGCCAUCAGUGAAAUGAUGACCAAUGAGGAUAUAGAUGGCAGGCCCGAUGGCAUCUUUUAUCGCCUGAGGACCUUCAACUCACGAUUGGGUGUUCUCCUCACCGAUGGUGAGAUGUGGGUGGAGCAGCGAAGAUUUAUCCUGCGGCAUUUAAAAAACUUUGGCUUUGCCAGAAGCGGCAUGAUGGAUAUUGUCCACAAUGAAGCCACCUGCUUGCUGCAGGACCUCAAGGAACAGGUGGCUAGGGCUGGCGGAAUGCAGGCGCGGAUUGAGAUGCACGAUUUGACGAGUGUUUAUGUCUUGAAUACCCUCUGGUGCAUGCUGAGCGGCAGGAGAUACGAGCCCGGUUCUCCGGAGAUCACGGAACUCCUGGAGACAUUCUUCGAGCUCUUCAAGAACAUCGAUAUGGUGGGUGCUUUAUUCAGUCACUUUCCAUUGCUGCGGUUCAUUGCCCCUGAUUACUCUGGCUACAAUGGCUUUGUGGAGAGCCAUCGAUCCCUGUACUCCUUUAUGAGCAAGGAGAUUGAGCUGCAUCGCCUGACCUACAAGAACUACGAUGAGCCAAGGGAUCUAAUGGACUCGUAUCUGCGUGCCCAGGAGGAGGCUGGAAGCGACGAUCCCAAGGGCAUGUUUAGUGAUGAGAGCCUGCUGGCCAUUUGCCUGGACAUGUUUCUGGCCGGUUCCGAGACCACCAACAAAAGCCUUGGCUUCUGUUUUAUGCAUUUGGUUCUGCAGCCCGAGAUCCAGGAGCGAGCUUAUCGGGAAAUCAAGGAGGUUGUGGGUCUGGAAAGAAUUCCCGAGUGGUCCAGGGAUCGCUCCAAGUUGCCCUACUGCGAGGCCAUCACCUUGGAGGCUGUUAGGAUGUUCAUGCUCCACACUUUUGGCAUUCCACAUCGAGCUGUGUGCGACACCCGCUUGUCGGGCUAUGAAAUCCCAAAGGAUACCAUGGUAAUUGCCUGCUUCCGAGGCAUGCUGAUCAAUCCCGUGGACUUCCCCGACCCAGAGGCAUUCAAUCCCGAGCGAUUCCUCUUCGAUGGACAUUUGAAACUGCCAGAGGCAUUCAAUCCCUUUGGCUUUGGCCGUCAUCGCUGCAUGGGAGACCUGCUGGGCAGGCAGAACCUGUUUAUGUUUACAACCACUGUGCUGCAGAACUUUAAGCUGGUGGCCAUUCCUGGCCAGAUGCCGGAGGAGGUGCCACUCGAGGGAGCCACGGCAGCUGUGAAGCCAUACGACAUCAUGUUGGUGGCUAGAGAAGAGCAGGGAGUUUGAAGCGGAGUUCUGUUGAAUGUUAACCUAAUUUUAACUGGUUAUUGGUUAAGGUUCAAGUCGAAAAACUAUUCUACAAAUUCUGCUUAAAUAAAGUUGUCAAAUUAUAUUAUUUUUACUCUGUAUACUUUUUUGUUAACUCAGAACAAAUUAACGAAGAAAAAAUUAUCGAAGUGGGAGUAAUUUAUUUAUAAACAAGAAAGCAAGCUAACUUUGGCCAGCCAA